AUGGCUGCUCAAUAUGUUUCUAAUAUCUCUCCAUUAAGACUCGUUUCUUAUAGCUUCAGUGAUGAGGGCGAGUUCCCCCAUUUUGCUACUGUAGUCACUGAAAAGGCAUCGAAUGCUGCUAUUGCUGCUGCUGCCGCCAGUGCUUCCGCUAGCUUUGGAAUCAAUACUUAUUCAAAUGGUACUAAUCCUGGUGGGCCUGAUGAUCACAUAUCGUAUCUGGACCUGUCUUUUCUGACUUUACAAGCAGUUUCUCAGACUGUAAUUAUAUGUUUGUUUGGUUAUUUUGCUGCUCGAGCCAAGAUCCUGACUCCUGCUGUUCAAAGACAAGUGUCUAUGCUGAAUGUACAAAUCUUCACGCCAUGUCUGAUUUUUUCCAAACUGGCGUCUUCACUAUCACUAUCUGCUCUCGUAGAUAUUGCCAUUAUCCCAGUGCUAUUUGUUAUUACAACUGGUAUUUCUAUGCUAUGUGCUAAAAUUACAUCGCGUAUUUUCCGAUUCAAUCUUCGAGAAUCCAACUUCGUUACUGCUAUGGCCGUGUUUGGAAACUCAAACUCUCUGCCAGUCUCGUUGACUGUGUCUCUAGCCUACACUCUGCCAUCGCUUGCUUGGCCUGAUAUUCCCGACGAUAACCAAGACGAUGUCGCUUCAAGAGGUAUUCUUUAUCUGUUGAUUUUCCAGCAACUUGGUCAGAUUCUAAGAUGGUCCUGGGGCUAUAAUACUCUUCUGGCUAAACCUAAAGACGAAGAUGAGUUCUGUGAGGAAGACGAAGACGACGAGAUAAGUAGCAUUGAAGAAGGCGCUGUUGCUAAUGAAAGCGCCCAUGUUGGAACUGCUAAGAACAAGCACAGUGUCAACCGUAAACGUAGAAAGCAGAGAGGUGUCGACUACUCUGCUGUCAAUGCCGAUGACGUUGAGUCGCAACUUGGACCUCAAAAGAGCCCGGUUAUCAUCACUGAAGACAACGCAUCUUCGCCAUCGUCGUCAUCGUCAUCAUCUGUAGUAGAGACUGGUUUCUCCACUCGUGUUGGAUCUGAGAAUGGUCUUGCCGAACUCGGUUCUGAAUCAGCACCAUUGAUUGUUGGUGAUGAAAAUACCGUCUCACUGGCGUCACCCACAUCGCAUACAUCGCAUGUGGUAUCACGAAUCUCGUCAAACGCAACUGUCCUGUCACGUAAUGACGAGAGUUGUAAUGCUAGCACCCCGCUACUGCCACAAACACUAUCACGGAAGAUCAUAUCGUCAGUACAAAAGGUGUUCAUGUCGUUUUUGUCGUUCAUGAACCCACCUCUGUGGUCGAUGGUGAUAGCCAUUAUUGUUGCAUCCAUUCCUGCGGCCAAGCACGAGUUGUUCGAGACCAACGGUUUUGUCAACCAUGCCAUUACCGGAGCUGUCACACAAGUGGGAGGAAUUGCCAUUCCCAUGAUCCUUGUAGUACUAGGAAGCAAUCUGGCUCCCGACGAGUCGACUGCACCCGCAUCCAAGCGCCACAGCUCGAUUGUGUUUGCCUCGCUCAUCAGCAGAAUGAUCCUGCCUUCGAUCUUCCUGCUGCCCAUCAUUGCAUUGUCUGUCAAGUACAUCAAACUGUCGAUUCUUGACGACCCCAUCUUCUUACUAGUCGCCUUCAUCCUCACAAUCUCGCCUCCUGCCAUCCAGCUCUCACAGAUCAGCCAGCUCAACGGCGUCUUUGAAAAAGAGAUGGCUAGCGUGCUCUUCUGGGGCUAUGUCGUGUUGACACUCCCGUCCACAAUCGCUAUUGUCGUUGCAAGUUUAGAGGUUUUAGAUUGGGCUGGUACUACUCGUUCGUAG